UAUCAGUUUUGGAACGGUUUUUCAGGAGGAUGACUGUCAGAAAAACUAUCAUAACAAGAUAUGAAAUCGGACCCAGAACUUUACAUUUAUUUUUAGUAACUUUAGAUUGAGACAUUAAAUAAGCCAAGUAUUUAUGAUAAUGGUUUUUACUUUAGCCUUUAAAUCUUUUCAAACCACGACGAAAUAUUUGCUUGCAUCUGGGUUAAAACAAAUGAGUAUUAAUAAAAGAGCCAUGGCCAGUACUGCAAUUUAUGAAUAUGAAACCCUUUCAGUCACAUCUGAUCAAGAUCAUGUCUUGCACGUUCAGCUUAAUCGACCAGAAUGCUUAAAUGCCAUGAACAAAAUGUUUUGGCAAGAAAUUAGAGACUGUUUUAAAAAAAUAAGAAAUGACCAAUAUUGCAGGGUCGCCAUUAUCUCUGGUGCUGGUAAGGCAUUUUCUGCUGGAUUAGAUUUCACCGAUAUGUUAGAUAUUACCUCUAAAGUUCUGAGCAAGGAAGAUAUUGCUCGAAAAGCAAAAUAUUUACAUUCGAUUGUUGAACAAUUUCAACAAUCAUUCACUGCAGUGGAAGAUUGCCAGAAACCUGUAAUUGCAGCAGUCCAUGGUGCCUGUAUUGGAGCAGGAGUUAAUCUUAUUGCAGCUUGUGAUAUUCGCUACUGUUCAGAAGAUGCUUAUUUUUCUAUUAAGGAGAUUGAUAUUGGCAUUGCAGCUGAUGUUGGCAUAUUGCAAAGAUUACCGAAAUCUGUUGGUAAUGACAGUUUGCUGAGAGAAUAUAUUUAUAGUUGCGAAAAUAUGAGUUCAGAAAUAGCUAAAGAAAUUGGCAUUGUUAGCAAAGUAUUUCCUUCCAGAGAUGAAAUGUUUAAAGCAACGAAUCAUUUAGCAGGAAUUAUUGCCCGUAAAAGUCCAGUUGCAGUGCAGGGUACCAAAAAGGCAUUGACCUAUUCUAGAGAUCAUUCCGUAAAAGAGGGAUUGGAGUUCAUGACAUACUGGAAUAUGACGAUGCUACAAAGUGAAGAUGUAUUAAAAGCUGCUGAAGCUACAAUAACAAAAACCGAAAAACGUCCACACUUUUCUAAGUUGUAAUUUAGAUCAAUCGGGAGUUUAUUGUUGGUGGUUUUUUAUUAUGUUUUAAUAAUCAGUAUAUUUAUAAAAAAGUUUGUUUUUUUUUAUUACUUUGAUUUUUAUAUAUUUUUUCUUAAAAAUUAUAGUUUUAGGAGAAUUGGGAAAAAUUUCUGUAUCGGUAUUAACACCAAAAUAAUUGCCAAAUUGUGGCAACUUCUGGGAUGCUAGACAACCAGAAAAUAACAAUGGAAAAAUUAAAGGAAUUAACCAACUUUCAGAUUAUAACACUUUUUUUAAUAAACUUCUAGAUAUCUUUUUUGCCAGUUUAAAAUCUUUCUUGCACCUUGAUGAUAAGUGUACGAAACAGAUACAGAGACACAAUUAUUCCCAUCAAAAUCAAUGCUUUUGGGUGUUUUAAUUACAUUUUAAUGAAAAUAUACAAUAGUUUUUAUGAUAACAUUAUUCAGGGGUGAUUAUAUUCUGGCGGCAUCCCAUAAUUAUGGGUUUUUCUUAUUAUUUUUCAGAGUUUAAAUAUUGGAAGCAGACCUUGUGAUUUUUCUGGGUAUAUCUCGGAAUUCCGUAUUUCUCGAGACCAUUGGUUCUUGGACUUUCGGUAAUCAAAAACUUAUAAUCUGACAAAAUUUUCACAGAAUUCCACAAUCUAGAAAUCAAAUUUUAAAUCUUUCACUAAUUUGCCAUUAACAAGACGCUGCAUGUAAUUCUUCCAUCUAUGGGUAGGAAUCUUAUUUAAUUCUUCUGUUUUGGAAGAUUUUUAAAUAUUUGGAACUGCGGUGGAAUCCUUUGAUAAUAGAAUUUUUAUUCACGCGGUUCGAAUAUCGAUUUUCGUAUUUACCUAAUUUAAAAGUUACCCAUUGUAAUUCAUGUGAUUAAGAAAUCCAGUUGCACGAUUUGAACGAGAAUUUAAAUUCCAGCAACACAACUCUUAUUCAUGUGUUUUCAAAACCCAAUAGCACAACUCAUAUCCGCGCAAUUUUAAAAUACAAUAUUGUGAUUCGUAUUCAUGAGAUUUUAAAGAUCCAACAUCUAAAUCCUAGUAGGGACGAAAAUUUUUCUUAAAUUAGUUAAUAUAAAGGUGUGGUAUUCUUCAUUGGAAGAUAAUUUAAUUAUAUCUCUUAUUUCAAAAUAUUAUGUUAAAUACAAAACAUGUAUAGUAUGUAUAUCUUGAUAUGGAUUUUUUGUACAUAAAAUUUUCGAAGUUUUUCACUUAGUGUCACUAUCAUCCCUGAUUAUUUUUUUAUUCAGUUUUUUUGUUUUGACAAUUGUGUAACUAUUAAUAUGUAAUUAAAAUUGUACUUGCUUUUUUAUUCUUAUCGGGACUAAAAAUUAAUGAUGGCUCGGGACCACCGAACCUUCGCUUGGUGUAUCCAUAGCUUCCAUUGGCGAGUAAAAUCUAUUUGUUACUUAAAUAAAGGGUAGGUGACUAAGCAGGGGUCUGCCUAGGCCUAAUUUACUACCGUUUAACACCCUUCACAAAUUCAACUUUAAGAAAAACGGUAGUUUCACAAAUUCAACUUUAAGAAAAACAAUAGUUUUACAAAAUACUUUUUCUUAAAAUUUUAUUUUGAAUCCCUUAAGAAACUAUAAAUUCAUAUUUUUACCAUAUUUUUGUGUUGAUUUUUCAAUAUAAUUUUUCACAUGUAAUUUUUAAUUCUCAAAUUCAAAAACGCGUUUAGUAAUAACAUCAUUUUACAAAUAUAGGAAAUGACUCAAAGGAGCAAUGAAUAAGUACAGGAAAAAAAUGUUAGGGGAAAAAAACAUGCAGAUUUACAUAGAAUCUUGUAUUGUAUCGUGCAUGCCUUCCUGACUGUGAUUUCUCUGACUUCUAUAGCAUUUUCUUCCCAAUUAAAUAAUAAUUUGCAACACCAAAAGUUUUUACUUUUUUAUUUUAAUUUAUGAUAAGGUGCCUAAAAAAAUUAAGGGCAGUCUUUCUGGAACACUCUGUAUAUUAUAUCCUUCUUAAGAUUUAUUUACGUCUUGCAGUGGACUGAUUGUUAAGACAUGGUUCCCAGCAGAUUACCGAAGUCAAGCAUCACUGGCUGCAGUCAGGUGACCACUUGGAUCAGUCUCAGUAGGGACCGAGGGUGUGCGGUAUUGGUCCUCGUCAAACUAUUAUAUUGUAAAGUGCUAGACUUCGCGUGCAGAUCGUUGGGCUACCGAAGCAGGGGUGCCAUCCCCUCUGCAGAGGAUCAAAAUUGUGAUGGCAUGUCUUCGGAUCAUCCUCAGGGAUGUUUCCCAGACCGUCGCCAAUAGCCCGUUUUGCAACUCUAGUGUGACGUAAAUGAACUACAACAACAAUUAGAUUUAUUUACCUUAUGUGCUACUUUUAUUAUCAGAGAAUACUAUUUCGAAUACCAUUUUUGAGCUCGGGGGUUGCUAAAUCGACAGUUUUUGAAUACUUACUGAAUAAUACUUAGAUUACAGAUGCCCUGGACCUGUAAUCUCAAUAUAAAUUGCAUGCUGUUUUGGUUUGUUAACGAAAGUUUGGUUUUUAGUCUGGAAGAUUUUCAUACUAGUCUCUACUCCAAAAUAAUCAAGUUUUGCACCUUCCUGAGAGGAGGAAGAGAAAAAAAUUUGAAGAAAAAAAGAAUUCUAUUAAAAAAAAGAAAUGAAAAUAAUUUGGAAGAGAAAAUAUUUUUCCAAGAGUUUUUUUUAAUCUCUCAUAAUUUUAUUGUCUCAUAAUUAAUAAUUUUUCUCGUAAUAGUUUUUAGUUUCAAUAACUUUUUCAAAAUUAUUUUAAUAAUUAAAGAUUGUUUAUUGUUCAAAUUGUUUUAUAAUUAUUUUUUUUCUGUAACAAAAAGAUUUUUAAAAAAUCCUUUCAUUUUUUCUAAUAAGCUACCCUUUUUUUUUUUAAAAUAACAGAAAUCAAAAUAUAUUGAGAUAUUAAUAAUUUAAAAAACUACUCAAUUUAAGAUCCUACUCAUAUACUUGAGAAAUUCAAAAUAAU